AUGUCUGACGCCAGCAGCGCCGCUCCCCUCAUCGACAACGCCAUGGGCAACCAUCCGAAGCAACCGCCCUCGCGCCUCACCACCACAUCCAUCGCCGCCCUCUCCGCCAUCAAAAUCGCCCUCGGCGCAUCCUCCAUCCUCGCCCCACGCCUCGCCUACAGCCUCUUCCUCUUCGAGCUCAAGCCCAACGCCGUUGUCGUCGCGCGCCUCUUCGGCUCCAGCUGCGCGGCCCUCGGCGCCGCGACCUGGGCUCUCAACCGCCGCGUAUCUCGCACCACCGCCGCCGCCGCCGACGGCUCUUCCCCGAGCGGUGGCGGUGGUGGUGGCGGUCGCAACCUCGAGCUCGAGGCGGAGCGCCGCGCCGACCUCAAAAAGGUGGUCGCCUUCAACCUGGCCGCCGAUUCACUGGACGUGGUGAGCUGUGCCGUCGGGUACUCGGCGGGCAUGUACGGCCUGGGCGCCCUUGGCAUGCUGGGCGGAGGAUGUGCGGCCCUCGCGCUCCUGGGAGCUGUGGGUUUGAGCGGCCUUUAGUCCGUUCCGUCAGCAGCCGUGAUAGAUAUGCAUUGGCUUUCAGGCGAGACUUGACGUGUUCCGAGCGAGCUUUCGCGGGCCAUGGAACAAUUGCAUUGGCGG